AUGAACUUGGGUACAGUACAUUCUUCUUGUUUUAAUCUGAAAUAUGAGAGGAUUCAAAUUGUUGAAGAUUUGGAAAUAUUUUUUCUCUUUGUUCUUGAGGUUAAGCAUCAUAAUUUGUUGAUUUUUAUGUUAGAUGGGGAGAAUGAGGAAGAAAGAUCAGUGGCCAUAACCCCAACAUGGGCUCUUGCUACUGUGUUGUCAGUUUUUAUUGCAGUUUCUUUGAUUGUGGAGCGCUCUAUUCACCAACUAACCAACUGGUUAAGGAGAACUGAUAAAAAAUCUCUGCUUGCAGCUUUGGAGAAGAUGAAAGAAGAGCUAAUGAUGCUCGGAUUUAUGUCGCUCCUUCUAACAGCAACCUCAAGGUCAAUAGCUAAUAUUUGUAUUCCAUCAAAGUUCUAUGAUGAUAGUUCCUUUGCACCAUGCUCCUGGUCUGACAUUGUUGAAGAAAAUGAACAUGAUUCUUCCAAGGAGCUUCAGCUUUCGAUUGCUUCCGCUUCUCGCUCAUUUCCGAGGAUUUUGAAAGGCAUGAAUAACAUUUCCUGCAAAGAGGAUCAUGAACCAUUUGUUUCGUAUGAAGCUCUCGAGGGGUUGCAUCGCUUCAUCUUUUUAAUGGCAAUCACACAUGUAGCUUACAGUUGCUUAACAAUGUUACUUGCAAUUGUGAAGAUUCGUAGCUGGAGAGCAUGGGAGAAUGAAGCUCAUAAGGACCAAUUUGGUUUCUUAACUGGACAAGAUAGACAGUCGUUAAUGGAAAGACAAAUGGCUUUCAUCGUAAACCACAGAGCGAAUCCCUUGACGCAAAAUCGAGUUGUUAUCUGGGUGAUAUGUUUCUUUCGGCAAUUUGGGUGUUCAGUCGUUCGUGCAGACUAUUUGACGCUCCGCAAAGGGUUCAUCAUGAAUCACAACUUGAUGCUGAAGUAUGAUUUUCAUAGCUAUAUGAUUCGUUCUAUGGAGGAAGAAUUUCAAAAGAUAGUUGGCGUUAGCUUUACGUUGUGGGGAUUUGUUGUUAUCUUCAUACUAUUCAAUGUGAAAGGCUCUAAUCUUUACUUCUGGAUAGCUAUCAUUCCCAUAACUUUUGUUCUUCUCGUGGGAGCAAAGUUGCAGAAUGUCAUGGCAACCUUGACACUGGAGAGUGCUGGGAUAACGGGCUAUUUUACUGGAACAAAGCUGACGCCUCGGGAUGAACUUUUCUGGUUUAAGAAGCCAGAAUGGUUGUUGUCCCUUAUCCAUUUCAUUUUAUUCCAGAAUGCAUUCGAACUGGCUUCAUUUUUCUGGGUCUGGUGGGAGUUUGGCUAUAAUUCAUGCUUAAUCAGCAACCAUACGCUUGUUUUCAUACGAGUUAUUAUGGGGUUUAUUGCGCAGUUUAUAUGUAGCUACAUCACUUUGCCACUCUAUGCUCUGGUCACUCAGAUGGGAACAAACUUUAAGGCGGCCCUACUUCCGCAGGGGAUAAGGAACACAAUUCAUGGAUGGGGUAAGGAGGCAAGGAGGAGGAGAAGGAGAAGGCUAGCGCGUUUCACUGAUAGGUCAACCAUAGAUACAGAAACAUGCUCAAUCAUAAUGACAGAUACAAACACAAUAACAUCAGUCGAGGAAGAUUACCACCAUUUGAUUGAUACGCAUGAACCCCGCAAUAGUACAUUCAAUGACAUAGAGUUGCAACCAAUAGCUAAGGUUAAAUCCAGACGCACCAUUGGCAGUUUCUAAUCAAACUCUGAGUCGGUUUUGUAGACCUCUUCUUAGACUGCCUACGACUGUUUCCCAUUUGACUAUCUCUAGAUUUCAGAAGGAUGACUUACAAAGAUCAUCUAUGUGACUGUGUCUGUUAUAAGAGAAUGACACAAUAGCACAGUAAUUGUCUAAUAAUAACUGUAGGUACAACAAAGUGAAAUAUUAAUAAUAUUUAGGCUUUGCAUAA